AUGGCAUUGCCAGCCCCUUACGAGCAACACGCGCGCGCACUCCCUGCCCCGACCAGUCCGCGCUACGCCGGCGGGAGGCGUCGGCGGUCUCAGCGCCUGCGCGCGGCCACAACCGCCAGUAGGCUCUCUUCCCCUCCCUUCCCUCCCCCCUCCCCUCUCCUCCUCUUCAACCUCCUGGAGCUAGACGCCAAUGUGGACCUAGAGGACAUACCGUGGCCAGGAGAGCUCGAGGAGGAGGAGGAGGAGGAGGAGGGGGCGGAGAACUUGGACGAGUACGAGGUGGUGAUGGUGGAGGAGAUGGAGGAAGAGGAGGGGCGGGAGCCGGACGCGGAUUUUAACUACGAGAGCCAGCGUCGGGAGAGUACGGACGACGAGGAGGAUGAGGAGGCCAAGGCCUGGCUGCAGGCGCACCCUGGCCGGACUUUGCCUCAGCCGUCGCUCCCGAGGCACCGCUGCUCGGAGGGCGAGCUGACCAGCCCGGGGAAGGUUGUUCCAUUGACCUGUCAUGUAUGGCAACAGCCAUUAUAUCAAAACAAUAGUGGAACACAGAUUUCUGAUACUAAUGUGGUCUCUUUGGAAAAAACAGCUCAGUGGUGUUCUGGGGAUGAUCAGAGAACAGAAUCUUGGCAUUAUCUUCCUCAAGAAAUGGACUCUUCCCACACCUUGGAUACAACCCACACCAGGUUUAAUGUGAGAGAGAAAGGGACUGAAGUGACAGACUUCCCCUCUCUGGAGGAAGGUAUAUUGACCCAAUCAGAAAAUCAAGUGAAGGAGUCGAACAGAGAUCUCUUAUGUUCUCCAUUGCUAGUCAUACAAGACAAUUUCGCUUCUCCUGAUUUGCCUUUGCUGACAUGUUUGACAAAAGAUCAAGAGUUUGGGCCUGAUUCCUUGUUUCACCAAAGUGAACUAGAUUUUGCUCCUCUGAGGGGAAUUCCUGGUAAGUCUGAAGACGCUGAAUGGUUUUCUCGACCGUCGGAAGUUAGUGAAGCUUUAUUCCAGGCAGCCUCAGAAGUAGCUUCAAACUUAGUUAACAGUUGCUUUAGUGUAUCUCAGCACCCACUUAUAGGUAGUACAGCUAUUGACUCUCAGCGCUCUUUAUUAACUCUUGAACAAGGGACUAAAGAAGAGAUUGUUUCACCUGAUACACUUGAGGAUCUGAAAACCCCCAAAGACUCUGAUAGUUAUGAUGCUCUUUAUUCAUAUAUGUCAUGGAAGACACAAGAAGUUAUACAGGAGCCAGAAACCAAUUUAGCUGAUAAAGAUCAAAUUUCUUUUUCAACUGCACCUGAUACAAGUGAUGGAUACAUAACUCCUAAAGGAAGUGACAGUUUUGAUGCUUCUUGUUCAUAUGUGCAAUAUGGGAAACAGGAAGCUUUACAACAGUUAGAAAAAUAUUUAACCAAGGGCCUGCAGGAGAAGGCUGAAUCUGACAUCUAUACUCUGGAUGAUGAUACUGAAUGCUGUAGCCUAGAUGAAAAUGAUGUUGUAUGCAGGAAAAGAGUUGUUGAACUACAAAGAGAGCCAACUAGAGAGUUGGAGUAUCACUCUUCAGAUCUCAGAAUGUUGAGGGUAUCUCCUGACACUGUGUCAGGGACUUUCAAACAUUCAACAGGGGAUACAUCCAAAGGAGACAUAGCUGAAAUUCCUCAAUCCACCUUGAAACCAGGCAUCACUACCACUCCUGAAGAUUCAGACACAGUAUCUCAUUUAUCCUUGUCCCCUGAGGACUUUUCUCAGUUGGCUGGAAGGUCUCCUCAAGUGAAGAAUAUUGGUCAACAUACUGAUACUCUCAACCAACAGACAUUAGCAGACAGUCCUCUAACUGAAGAGGCUCUAAAAGUUUCAGCUGUUCCUGGGCUAGCUGACCAGAAGACUGAGAUAGCAACAGUGCCCCCUAGUUCCUACUCACAAAGAGGGAAGCCAAAUAUUUUCUACCCACAGGGCUUGCCAGAUGGUUAUCUAACUGAAGAGGCUCUAAAAGUUGCAGCUGUUCCUGGACUUGGUGACCAGAAGACAAGUAUAUCUACAGUCCCUCCAAGUUUCUACUCACUUGGAGAGAAGCACAGUAUUUUCUACCCACAGGCAUUGCUAGACGGUCAUCAAACUGAAGAGGGUCUGAAUGUUUCAGUUCUUCUUGUACUAGCUGAUCUAAAGACUGGAAAACCAACAGUACCGGCUAGUUCCUACUCAGUUGGAGAGGAGCCUGGUAUUUUCUACCAACAGGCCUUGCCAGGCAGUCAUCUACCAGAAGAGGCUCUGAAAGUUUCACCUUCUCCUAGACCAGUUGAUGAAAAGACUGGGUUGCCUACUGCAUCCUCUACCUCUUACUCACAUGGAGAGAAGCCUCAUAUUUUCUAUCAACAGACAUUGCCAGAAAGUCAUCUAACUGAACAGGCGCUGAAAGUUUCAGCUGCUUCUGGACCCCCUGAACAGAAGACUGGGAUUCCUAUAGUAACUUCUACUUCUUACUCACAUAGAGAGAAGCUCAGUAUUUUGUGUCAGCAAGAGUUGCCAGACAGUCAUCUAACUGAACAGGCUCAGAAAGUUUCAGCUGCUCCUGGAUUGGCUGAGCAGAAGACUGGGCUUCCUACUGUACCCUCUAUAUCUUACUCACAUAGAGAGAAGCCCAGUAUUUUCUACCAGCAAGAGUUGCCAGACAGUCAUGUAAUUCAAGAAGUUCAACAAGUUUCAGCUGCUCUUGGAUUGGCUGAGCAGAAGACUGGGAUUCCUACCAUACCCUCUACUUCCUAUUCACGUAGAGAGGAACCUCUUAUUUUCUACCAACAAGAGUUGCCAGACAGUUGUCUAACUGAACAGGCUGAGCAAGUUUCAGCUGCUCCUGGAUUGGCUGAGCAGAAGACUGGGAUAUCGACAGUACCCUCUACUUCCUAUUCACAUAGAGAGAAGCCCAGUAUUUUGUACCAACAAGAGUUACCAGACAGUCAUCUAAUUCAACAGGUUCAGCAAGUUUCAGCUGCUCCUAGAUUGGCUGAGCAGAAGACUGGGAUAUUGACAGUACCCUCUACUUCUUACUCACUUAGAGAGAAGCCCAGUAUUUUGUACCAGCAAGAGUUGCCAGUCAGUCAUCUAACUGAACAAGCUCAGAAAGUUUCACCUGCUCCUGGACCCCCUGAGCAGAAAACUGGGAUUCCUACAGUAACUUCUACUUCUUACUCACAUAGAGAGAAGCCCAGUAUUUUCUACCAACAGGAUUUGCCAGAUAGUCAUCUAACUAAAAAGGCUCAGAAGGUUCCAGCUCUUCCAGGACUAGCUCACCAGAAGAGUGGGACACAAAUAGCACCCCCUGCUUUCUACUCACAUAGAGGGAAGACCAGUGUUAUCUAUCAACAGGAGUUGCCAGACAGUCAUCUAAGUGAUCAGACUCAGAAAAUUUCAGCUAUUCCUGGACCAGUUGACCAGAACACUGGGAUACAGACAGUACCCUCUAGUUCCUACUCGCAGAGGGAGAAGCCCAUUAUUUUUUACUGGCAGGAGUUGCCAGACAGUCUUCUAACUGAAGAGGCUGUAAAAGUUUCAGCUUUUCCUAGAACAGCUGACCAGAACACUGGGAUACCAACAGGGUUGUCUAAGUCCUACUCAUUUGGAGAGAAGCCAGGUGAUUUUUUCUAUGAGCCUGUGUUACCAGAUGGUAAUCUAAGUGAAGAGGCUCUGAAAGUUUCACCUGCGUCUAGACCAAGUGACCAGAAGACUGGUAUACUCUCAGUACCUGCUAGUUCCUACUCACAUAGAGAGAAGCCCAGUAUUUUCUACCCACAAGCCUUGCCCAGCAGUCAUCUAUCUGAAGAGGCUCUGAAAGAUUCAGCUAUUUCUGGACUAGCUGAUCAGAAGACUGGGACAUCAGAACCUUCUGGUUCCUACUCACAUAGAGAGAAAUCCAGUGUUUUCUACCAACAGGAGUUGCCAGAUAGUCAUCUAACUGGAGAGGCUCAGAAAGUUUCAGGUGUUACUGGAACAGGUGACCAGAAGACUGGGAUACCUAUAGUAACCUCUGCUUCCUACUUACAUAAAGAGAAGCCCACUAUUUUCUACCAGCAGGCCUUACCAGAUAGAUAUCUUACUGAAGGGUCUCUGAAUGUUUCAACUGCUCCCAGACCAACUGACCAGAAGACUGGGAUACCUGCAGUACCAUCUAGUUCCUAUUCAUAUAGAGAGAAGCCCAUCAUUUCUUACCAGCAAGAGUUACCAGAUCCUAAUGAAGAUGCUUUAAAAUGUUUAGAGCUUCCUGGACAAGCAGACCAGACCACUGGGAUGCGAAUUGUGCCCCCUACUUCCUAUUCACAUAGAGAGAGCCCCAUCUUUUCUUACCAGAAGGAGUUGCCAGAUAUUACUGAAGAAACUUUGAAAGUUUCAGCUGUUUCUGGACCAGCUGACCAGAAGAUUGGUGUACAAACAGUCCCCUCUAGUUCCUACUCAUAUAGAGAGAGCCCCAUCUUUUCUUACCGGAAGGAGUUGCCAGAUAUUACUGAAGAAACUUUAAAAGUUUUUGCUCUUCCUGGACCAGCUGACCAGAACGCUGAGAUACCAACAGGGCCUUCUAGUUCUUACUCAUAUAAAGAGAAACUCAAGAUUUUACCAGAUGACCAGAAGGCUGAGUUACUGUCAGCUCCCCUUAGUUCCUACUCACAUAGAGAAAAGCCUAAGACUUCAACUGUGAUUGGACCAGACAACCAGAAGACUCCAUUACUGACAGGUUUUCCUAAUUCUUAUUCUCAGAGAGUAAAGCCCAGUAUUUUCUUUCAACAGCAGUUGCCAGAUAGACAUCAAAGUGGAGAUAUUCUGAAGAUUUCACCUGUUCCUGAACCAACUGAUGUGAAUUCUCGGAUACAAAUACCUCUUUCUAGUUCCUAUUCACACAGAGAGAAAUCUAAUAUUUUCUACCCAGAGGAAUUGCCAGACAAACAUCUCACUGAAGAUUCACUGAAGGUUUCAACAGUUCCUGGACCAGCUGACCAAAAAACUGUGUUACCAGCAGUUCCUCCUAGUUCCUUUUCACAUAGAGAGAAACCAGUUCUUUUCUACCAACAGGAUUUGCCAGAAAGACAUCUAACUGAAAAUAACCUGAAGUUCUCAAGUAGUCUUGGGCAAGCUGGUCAGAUUACUGGGUUAUCAACAGUUCCCCCUAGUACUUAUUCACAUAGUGAGAAUGAGAAGCACAAACUUGUUUCAGACCAUGUCCAAAGGCUGAUAAAUAAUUUGGAUUCUUCUAACACCAGUGUUAUCUCAAACAAUAUGCCUUUAAAUUCUCAGGCUGAUGGUAGAGUUGUAAUAAAUAAGCCAGAAUCUUCAGGUUUUGAAGAUGUUGGCUCUAAGGAAAUCCAGGAUACGGAAAACAGUUCCAAAACUCUUAAAGAGAUUCAGACACUUUUAAUGGAAGCAGAAAAUAUAGCACUGAGACGAUGCAAUUUUCCUGUUCCCCUUGUCCCUUUCAGAGAUGUUAGUGAUACUUCAUUUAUACAAUCUAAGAAGGUGGUUUGCUUCAAAGAACCCCCCACAACUGAUGCAUCUAAUGGUGAUUUGUCUCAGAGACAGCCAUUCACAGAAGAAAGCCCAAGCAACAAGUGCAUACAGAAGGAUAUUAGCACACAGACGAAUCUGAAAUGCCAGAGAGGCAUUGAAAAUUGGGAGUUUAUUAGUUCAACUACAGUUAGAAGUCCUUUACAGGAAGCAGAAAGCAAAGCCAGAGUGGCAUUAGACCAAACCCUUAGGCAAUAUAAAGCAGCCAGAUCUGUAAUGAGAUCUGACCCUGAAGGGUAUAGUAGAACCAUUGAGAAUAAGAUUGUUAUUCCUAUGAUGACUGUCAUUAAAAGUGAUUCAAGUAGUGAUGCAAGUUCCUGCUCAUGGGACAGUAAUUCCUUGGAGUCAGUUUCUGAUGUGCUUCUAAACUUCUUUCCAUAUUCUUCACCCAAGACAAGCAUGACAGAUAGCAGAGAGGAAGAGGGUGUGUUAGAGAGUGACGAUGGUGAUGGUAGCAGUGUAGAUUCACUGGCUGCACAUGUGAAAAACCUUCUGAAAUGUGAAUCCUCAUUGAACCAUGCUAAACAAAUACUCAGAAAUGCAGAGGAGGAGGAAUCUCGGGUACGGGCACGAGCCUGGAAUCUGAAGUUUAAUAUGGCUCAUGAGUGUGGCUACUCCAUUUCAGAAAUAAAUGAAGAUGACAGGAGAAAAGUAGAAGAGAUCAAAGCAAAGUUGUUUGGUCAUGGGAGAACAACUGACUUGCCCAAGUUGUUGGCUGAGGUGACCCAGCACUGGAGCCUACAGGCUGUAUGGUGGGACCAACGGCAGCCUCCAGGAGGGCUCAUGCCAAUGCGUGCUUCCCAGAACCACUGCUGCCAAUGCUCCUAUCCCCAUGGUGAGCUCCUGUCUCUCAUGGUGAGAGACCCAGGGUCUCUCUCUGCAGGAGACCCUCCAACACUAGCAGUGGAAGGUUGCAGAGGUGGCAUUCGUGAUGAAGUUGUGUCCCGCGCUGUCAUGGACUGGGGCAUUGUCAUCAGCAGUGUUGCAGGUGAAGGGAGCCAUUCUAGAAGGUCAGGAUUCAGAUCUGCUGAACCCUCAGAAAUGAUCAGAGGACAACGGAGCCCAUCAUCAUGGACAACCAGGCACAUCAACCUUGCCAAGUCACUGGACCAGAACAACUCCCAUUUCAAAGUUUGGAAUUCAUUGCAGUUACAAAGUCAUUCCCCAUUUCAAAACUUUAUAGGUGAUGACUUGAAAAUUAGCAAGGGUCUUCAAAUGCCAUUCCGUGAAAAGUUGGACCCUUGGCUGUCAGAAUUAGUAGAACCUGCUUGUAUGCCACCUGAAGAAAUGAAUUGUCAGUCGUCAUCACAAAUGCUCCCCCCAGAACCCAUGAAAAAGUUUACUACCUCCAUCACUUUCUCAUCUCACCGACAUUCUAAAUGCUUUUCAGAUUCCUCUUCUCUUAAUGUUGGUGUUACUGAAGGUAGCCAGUGUACUGGAGCAUCUGUGGGGCUAGUUAAUUCUCAUAUCACUGAAGAGCAAAAUCCUCCUAGAGAUCUAAAAGAGAAAACCUCUUCCCCUUCAUCAUUUAAAAUCAUUAGUCAGUCACCAGAUAAAGCUGUGACUAUUUUAGCAGAAAAUAGUAGGCAAAGCCAAAAAUUAUCUGUUGCACAUUCUCACCAAGAAGAAAAACCCUUAGAAAGAUCAGAUUUUAAAGGCAGUCAUUCUAAGCCCAGUACCAGUGCAAAUGAUAGCAAUUUCAAGGAAAUUCAUUUUUCUGAUAAUGAUACUCUCAUUAGCAUGGGCAGACCAAGUUCCACACUAGGAGUAAAAGAGAAGAAUGUAACUAUAACUCCAGAUCUUCCUUCGAACAUUUUUCUUGAACAAGAGCUCUUGGAACAAAGCAAAGCCUCACAUGCAGAUCACCAUGUGAGAAAACACAAUUCUCCCCCUCCUCAACAUCAGGAUUAUGUAGCUGCAAAUCUCCCUUGUCAUAUUUUUCUUGAAAAACGAGAACUCCUUAAACAAAGCAAGACCCAACAUAAAGAUAAUCAGUUGAGAGAAAACCACUCUCCCCUUCCUCAAAGUCAGGAUUAUAUAGCUUCAGACCUUCCUUCUCGCAUUUUUCUUGAACAACGUCAGCUCUUUGAACAAAGCAAAGCCCCAAAUGUAGAUCACCACAUGGGAGAACACCACUCUUCCUUUCCUCAAGGUCAGGAUUGUAUAGUAGAAAAGAAUAAUGAACAUGAGCCUAAAUUACACAUUUCUGAUAUGAUAAAUGUUGAAGCCAAAUUCAGUGAUGUGGCCUCCCCAUCAGCCCCAAAUCAAUGUACAGUAGUAACAUCUGCAUCUACUUCACCUUCAAAUAGAAAAGCACUUUCUUGUGUUCGUAUAACUCUUUGUCCCAAGACUCCUUCCAAGUUGGAUAGUGGAACCUUAGAUAAAAGAUUUCAUUCAUUGGAUCCUGCCUCUAAAACAAGGAUGAAUAGUGAGUUUAACUCUGACCUACAGACUAUAUCUUCAGAAUCAUUGGAACCAACCUCCAAAUUAUUGACCAGUAAACCUGUAGCACAGGAUCAAGAAUCUUUAGGUUUUCUAGGACCUAAAUCUUCACCGGACUUCCAAGUCGUACAGUCUCCUCUUCCAGAUAGUAAUAUUUCCCAGGACUUGAAAACCAUACCUUUUCAGAAUAGCCAGAUAGUAACCUCAAGGCAAACACAAGUGAACAUUUCAGAUUUGGAAGGAUAUUCCAAUCCAGAAGGGACUCCGGUAUCUGCAGUUCGAUCACCAAAGGAGACUAAGACCCCGUUUUCUCCCUUCUCUGGAAAGUUAUCAUCUGAUGCAGUCACUCAGAUAACAACAGAAAGUCCAGGAAAAGCCAUGUUUUCAUCUGAGAUUUUUGUUAAUGCUGAAGAUCGUGGACAUGAUAUUCCAGAGCUCAGUACACGGAAGUUGGGCAAAGUUCCUAUCAAGUUUGCUUCAUCGUCUUCAGUCCAACAGAUUACUGUUCCUCAUGGCAGAGAUGGCCAGCCUUUACUGUUGCCAUAUAAGCCUUCUGGUAGUACGAAGAUGUACUAUGUUCCCCAAUUAAGACAAAUUCCUUCAUCUCUGGAUUCCAAGUCAGACACCACCAUUGAGAGCUCACACUCAGGAUCCAAUGAUGCCAUUGCUCCAGACUUCCCGGCUCAGGUGCUAGGCACAAGGGAUGAUGACCUGGCAGACACUGUUAACAUUAAACAUAAAGAGGGGAUCUACAGUAAGAGGGUGGUAACUAAGGCAUUCUUGUCAAUGGGGAAAAAACCCUUUCAGAAAGAUAAUGCAGAUGCUCAAGUUCAAGUUCUUAUCACUGGGGAUGAGGACCUCUCAGACAAAAACCAGAAAAAGGAGAUCUACAAUAAAAGGGCAGUGACCGAGGCUGCUCGAUCUGAAGAAAAAGAAUCCUUGCAGAAAGACAUUACAGGUUCCAGUGCUGCUGCUGCUUCAGAGCAGUCAGCUCAACUACAAGACACAAAGAUUGUUAGUCUACCAGACACUAAAGCCACUAAACAGAAAGAGGAGAUCCACGGUAAGAGGACAGUUCCUAAGGAAGGCUGGCCCGAAGAGAAGAAAUCCUUGCAAAUAGAUAUUGCAGAGUCCAGAUGUCAUUCAGAAUUUGAAAAUACCACCCAUUCUGUCUUCAGGUCAGCUAAGUUUUACUUUCAUCAUCCAGUGCACCUACCAAGUGAUCAAGAUUUUUGCCAUGAAUCCUUAGGAAGAAGAGUUUUCAUGAGUCAUUCUUGGAAAGAUUCCUUUCAGCAUCAUCCAGACAAACAAAGAGAAUACACUUGUCUUCCUUCCUCUUAUCAAAAUGUGGCAAAGACAAAGUCAGAUUAUACCACAAUAGAGAGCCUCAGUAUCAAUGUAAACUUGGAAAACAAAGAAGUAAAACAUACUACUAAAAGUCAGGCUAGAGACUUUCUAAAAUAUGACAAACAAGUUGAUGACCUAAAAAGGGAUCAUAAGGCCACCCCAGAGUUAACAGCUCAGCACACUGUGAGUUUAAAUGAACUCUGGAACAGGUAUCAGGAGCGACAGAGGCAACAGAAACCUCCUGAGUUCAGUGCCAAGAAGGAACUUUCCUUGGUGGAGCGACUUGAUCGUUUGGCUAAACUUCUUCAGCAUCCCAUCACACAUUCUCUCCAGCCCUCAGAAAGUACACAGGAUGAUAGCAAGGGGGAACAAGAUGUUAAGGAAUGGAGUGGUAGACAGCAACAGCAGAAAAACAAGCUUCAGAAAAAGAAACGGUAUAAAAGCCUGGAGAAAUGCCAUAAAAACACAGGCGAUCUUAAAGAAAACAAGGUUCUUUCUACUCAUCAAGCUGGGAGGUCCAAUCAGAUUAAAAUUGAACAGAUUAAAUUUGAUAAAUGUAUUCUGAGGAAACAGCCAGGUUUUCAUUAUAUAAAUAACACUUCUUCAGAUUCUAGACACUCAGAGGAGAGUGAGCUGCUCACAGAUACUGCCACCAACAUCCUUUCCACCACCACUUCUGUGGAAUCAGAUAUAUUGACCCAAACAGAUAAGGAAGUGACUCUGCAUGAGAGGAGCAGCUCUAUUUCCACCAUUGAUACUGCCCGACUGAUCCAUGCUUUUGGUCAUGAAAGAGUUUGUUUGUCACCCAGGCGAAUUAAAUUAUACAGCAGCAUCACCGACCAUCAGAGGAGAUACCUUGAGAAGCGGACCAAGAAAAACAAGAAACCAUUGAAUACAGGUUAUCCCCAAAUUACUUCAGAGCACACCAGAAGGAAACACGUCCAGGUGACAGACCAUAUUUCUUCUGACUCUGUUUCGUCUUCUACCAGCAGUUUCUGGAGCUCGAGCUCUACCCUUUGCAACAAGCAAAAUGUACAUAUGUUAAAUAAGGGCAUACAAGCAGGUACGUUGGAGAUUGUGAAUGGUGUCAGAAAACACACUCGAGAUGUUGGAAUGACUUUCCCAACUCCAAGUUCUAGCGAGGCUAGAGUAGAAGAGGACAGUGAUGUGACUUCUUGGUCAGAAGAAAAGAUAGAAGAGAAAAGGCUCCUUACCAGUUAUCUUGGGGACAGAAAGUUAAGGAAGAAUAAGCAGAGCUGCUGGGAAGGAGUUUCAUGGUUUGUUCCUGUGGAAAAUGUGAAGUCUGGUCCUAAGAAGGAAAACCUGCCCAAGUUUCAUGGCCCUGGUGUCUCCUGGUUUGCACCAGUAACCAACACCACACCUUGGAGGGAGCCACUACAGGAACAGAACUGGCAAGGACAGCACAUGGACAGCCACAGUUCACUAGUAGGCCCAGGCAGAGAUCCACUAAAGCCAUUUGUGAGAGCAACCCUACAGGAAUCACUGCAACUUCACAGACCUGACUUCAUCUCCCGCUCUGGGGAACGGAUAAAGCGCCUGAAGUUAAUAGUCCAGGAGAGGAAGCUGCAGAACAUGUUACAGAGUGAACGGGAGGCACUGUUCAACACUGUGCGAGAAUGGCAGGGCCACCGGGACGCCAUGCACCUGCUCCCUAAGAGAGGCUUCCUGGCUGCCCAAAAGAAAAGGCCUGUUGGAAAGAAGGAAAUGAUUCAGCGGUCUAAAUGGAUUUAUGAACAGCUUCCAGAAGUACAGAAAAAGAGAGAAGAGGAAAAGAGGAGAUUGGAAUAUAAGUCGUACCGGCUGCGAGCCCAGCUAUAUAAAAAGAAAGUGACCAAUCAACUCUUGGGGAGAAAAGUUCCUUGGAACUGA